ACCUCCUUUCCAUAAAAACAGUUGUAUUGUAUUUAGUCUUUGCUAGCUAGAGCUAGUGUUGCAAGCUACCUAUAUAACAGUAUCUAACGUUAGGAAAUUGUUACGUUAUUUCAAACUUAUCACAACCAUGUGCGGAGAUGUCGCAUAAACAAAUAGUUUGGAUUAAAGACAACCUUCAGUUAACUUAUGUUAAUACGAUAAUGUUACAUAGGCUAGGCCGCUAGCAAAACAAACCAAUUUAGCGGCUACGUUAACGUUAGCUACUUGAUGCAUACUGGUUGGUAUCGAGCUAGCUAUUUUGAUAUCCGGGGGUGUUGGCUAAUAUCGUAUUAUAUGAACAGUGCAUUGGAUUAGUUGGAUGGCAGGGGCUAACUGGAUACACGCCAGAUAUAUCUAGCUAACUUAACAGAAUUCCUUUAGUUUAGUGUCUGGCAAACUAACGUUUAACAGUAGCUAACACCGUCGUUGCACAUACUGGAGUAAUGGCCGACCGGACUAGUUUCUUGGGAGGAAGGAUUCCUGUGGAAAUUGAAAUUAUGGCAAAGCACUUAAAAGAUUUAGACAAAGAUUUUUUCAGGAAGAUACUUAAAGUGGUGGUGAAUGCUGUUGAAGGGAAGGACUGCAGAGACUCAAUGAAGUCGCUUGCAGAUAACGGGACCCUCUCCGAAGAACAGUUAAGCCAUAUCAUCGCAGGAAUAUAUGGACUGCUUAAAGAAGCAUUACGUCUUCCAACGUCUUCACUGAAACAAGAGGUUUUCAAGGAAGAUCUCAGAGAACUUAGGAUAUCAGAGGAGUUUAUCGCUGACUUUGCCAGCGUUGUCUUUGGAAACAGACGUGCCUGCCUUGAUGCUGCAGCUACUGAGCAGGGGCCUCGGUUACCCACCGUCAAGGACGUCAGGUGGAGAGUGGAUGUGGCCAUUUCGACAAGUUCCCUUGCUCGAGCAUUGCAACCAUCCAUUUUAAUGCAGAUGAAGCUGACAGAUGGAAGUUCCCACCGGUUUGAGGUACCUGUCAGCAAGUUUCAGGAACUGCGUUACAAUGUUGCACUUAUUCUGAAGGAAAUGAAUGACCUUGAGAAGAGAAGCAUUCUAAAAAUCCAAGACUGACAAGUUUUGUUUGUUUUUUUAGGAAAAACAGAGGAAUGAAAAAAAAGAAUGUUUUAGAUUGUCUGAAUAUAUGUAUCCUAUGACAGCUGUACAUUCCAAUUGUCCACAAUGGAAAUGUAUUGUGAUGAAUGUUGGUCAAGCUGAAUGUUCCCAAGCAGAAGAGAUCUGCCUUUAGCUCUGUGUUAGUUGUUUCAGAUUCUCCAUAGUGAUUUUUCAACAUGAAUUUUCAACUAUUCCAUGUUCAAAUGGGCUACAUGUUGUUCUUGAAGGUACAUUGAAUGCAAUAAUUGAGUUAUGUCAUAACCCUAACUGAAUUGCUGAAAUUCACCAUUUAUAUUGCCGGACUAUGUACAUCUCUAAUAGCAAAUUGCGAAUGAUUAAACGUUACUUACACUGUAA